AUGGCGGACGAGGGAGAGCGCGCCAAGCCGAAGCCGUUCAAGGCGGAGUACGCCAAGUCGGCGCGCGCGAGCUGCCGGAAUCAUGCACGCGCCGUUCCGCCUCCCCUGCAUCUCCCUCCAUUCUCACUUCCCGCUCUCAACCUUAUUCCGCCCCCUCUUCUCAAUUUGCAUCUCAUCCUCCUUUUCCCGGAUUGCGCCUUCUACUUCUCAUUCCGCCCAUUCCCCUCUCAUUCCGCCCAUGCCCCUCCCAUCCCCCCUUCUCCACCCCCCAUGUGCGCGGAGCAGCUGUGGUUCCACGCGAGCUGCGUCUUCAAGGCGCCGGGGUUCAUCACCAAGUCAGUGCCGCCCUGCCCCUCCUGCCACCAAUGCUCCCCUGCUCCCCUGCUCCCCUGCUCCCCUGCUCGUCUGCUCGUCUGCUCGUCUGCUCCCAUCCCCUUUACCGCCUCUGUCUCUGCCCCUUCCGCACGGUUCUCCCUAGCACCGCCGCCUUUCAACAGCACGACGUAUCCCCUCCCGUCUCCCCCUGCCAGUGUGGGCGACGUGGAGGGCGCGGACGUGCUGCGCUGGGAGGACCAGCAGGCGCUCAGGGCGUACGCCAAGGGGGAGUUGGUCGCGCAGGCCGCGGGGACAGCGGGGGGCGAGGGGAAAGCGGAGAAAGCGGGGAAAGCAGGCAAAGGGGGAAAGGGGAAGGCUGCUGCAGCUGCGGGGGCGAAGGGUGACGGGGGGAAGAGCGAGGGGAAGAGCGAGGGGAAGAGCAAGGGGAAGAGGGGGAAGGCAGUGGCGGAUGAUUCAGGUUCGGAGGGGGAGGAAGCAGCGGCGGGGACGGUGGCUGGAUUCCAGGUGACGUAUGCUGCAAGCAACCGGUCGGCGUGCCGGCACUGCAAUGAGAAGAUCGCCAAGGGCGAGGCGACUAUAGCCAUGUCGGUCCACCCCACUCCAUAUUUCCCUGCCCCGACCCCACCCGUCCUGCCCAUCCAUGCGCUCCAGCUGCGAGUGGCGCGCAUGAAGGCAUCGAGUCGCGGCAUGGAGGUGCCAGCAUGGCGCCACGCGGCAUGGCACCAAUCAUUCCCUUCCCCCCAAUGCCCAUCCGCCCUACCCCUAUGUGAAUCGCAGCUGCGAGUGGCGCGCAUGGAGGCAUCGAGGGGCAUGGAGGUGCCAGCAUGGUGCCACGCGGCAUGGCACCAAUCAUUCCCUUCCCCCCAAUGCCCAUCCGCCCUACCCCUAUGUGAAUCGCAGCUGCGAGUGGCGCGCAUGGAGGCAUCGAGGGGCAUGGAGGUGCCUGCAUGGCGGCACGUGGCGUGCAUGGGGGAGGAGGGCAUCUGGCCUGAGGGGGCGCGCGUGCAGGGCGUGCAGGGGUGGGGCGAGCUCCAGAAGGAGGACCAGCAGCGCCUGCUGCAGCUGCUGGGAGGGGGGGCCAAGGGGACGGGCAAGGGCGGAGGUGAGUGUGCUGUGGGGGGGAGGGUAUCUGGCCGAGGGGGCGCACGGGCAGGGGUGGGGCGAGCUUCAGAAGGAGGAUCAGCAGCGCCUGCUGGAUAUACUGGGAGGCGGGGCCAAGGGGAAGGGCAAAGGAGGAGGUGCGUGUACGAGCCCCCCAAGAAGCGGCAGCGGGGGGCGGAGCAGGAUGGGGGAGGCGAGGAAGGCAGCAAGAGCAAGGGGAAGGGGAAGGAGGACGCCAAGCCACAGGACACAGGGAAGAGCGAGGAGGGGAAGAUGAGCGCGGAGCUAGAGAGGGCGUUGGAGCAGCAGGCAAGGCGGGUGUGGGAGGUGAAGGACCAGCUGCGCGCGCACCUGACUGUAGCAGACAUGCGCGCCAUGCUGGAGGCCAAUCAGCAGGAGCCAGGUGGCAGCGAGGACGCCCUGAGGGAGCGGUGUGCGGACGGCAUGCUGUUUGGCCCCCUGCCGCCGUGCCAGCUGUGCGCAUACCCCAUGGAGUAUUGGGAUGGGCGGUACCGCUGCCGAGGGUUCCUCUCUGCUUGGUCCGCCUGCUCCUUCACCACUCGCGACGUGCAGCGCAAGCAAGCUGCCUGGGUGGUUCCUGAGGAGAUUACCAACCCGUUUGUUGAUGAGUACCGAUUGAAGCAGCAGCAGCGCUUCAAUGCAGCAGACAAGGGCAAGGGCAAGGGGCGGGCCAAGGGGAAGGGCAAGGGGAAGGCUGAGGGGAGCGAGGCGGGGGAGGAGGGGGCGAGUGUGUGGCCGCAGCGGGUGCUGCCCCCAGAGGAGAAGCGCAGUGAGGUGAAGCAGGCGAGCACGGCAGGGGCGGGCGGGAAGGAAGCGAGCCGGGGGAAGGGCGGUAGAGCAGCAAGGGAGGGGCGGGAGGCAGCGAUACCGGAUGGGGGAGUGGAGCGUGAGAAGCCGCUGGAGGGGGUGCAUGUGGCGCUGGUGGGGCGCCUGUCCCGCACCCAGGCAGCGUGGCGCAAGGAGAUUGAGGAGGGUGGUGGUGCUGUGGUGUCGUUGACGAGCGCGGAGGUGGACUGCAUUGUGGCUACCGAGGCAGACGUGGAGAAGAAUGAGGACAAGCUCCUGCCGCCCCUCGUCCUGGGAGCAGCGGUGGUCUCGGAGGCCUAUCUCCUGGAAGCGCUCUCACAGAAGCGCCGCCUGCCCAUGCGCGCCUACCUGCUGCCCCUCUCGCUGCAGCUGCUGCAGCAGGUGGACGCCAAUCGCCCUGCCGCCGCUGCUGGGAAGCAGAGCAGGGUUGGGGGGAAGGGCAAGGGCAGGGCGGGCGAGGGGGAGGAGCAGGUGCGGGCAACGGUGCGUGUGAAGGGGCGGGCGGCGGUGCAUGAGGCGUCGGGGCUGGCGGAGAGGGGGCACGUGCUGGAGUGCCAGGGGUGCGUGUGGAGCACCACGCUCUCCCUCGCUGACCUCUCCACUGGCGCCAACAGCUACUACAUCCUGCAGGUGAUAGAGGACGACAAGUCACCCACGUGCCACGUGUUCCGCAAGUGGGGGCGCGUGGGCAACGAGGGCAGGGGGGGGAGCAAGCUGGAGCAGGAGAGUCGUGAGCGGGCGAUGGGGCUGUUCAAGCGCCUGUUCAGGGAGAAGACAGGCAACGACUGGGACGCGUGGCAGAAGAAAUCAGGCUUUGAGAAGCAGCCUGGGAAGUUUUACCCUCUUGAGAUUGACUAUGGAGGAGGGGACGAGGAGGAGGAGCAGGGCGGGGCACUGAUGGGCACAAGGAGCAAGCUGGACAAGCGACUGGUGGCGCUGCUCAUGAUGAUCUUCGACCUCAAGUCCAUCAGGGAGGCGAUGGUGGAGUUUGAGAUCAACGUGCGGGAGAUGCCGCUGGGCAAGCUCACCAAGCGCCACAUAGAGCGCGGCUUCCACGUGCUCACGGACGUGCAGGCCGCCCUGCAGCUGCCGCCCGACAGCACGGGGCGGCGGGAGAGCGCCAUCGUGGACGCGUCCAACCGCUUCUUCACUCUCAUCCCCACUGUCAACCCCGCCGCUAUUCGCACUCUCGAGGCACUCACCACCAAGAUCCGCAUGUUGGAGGCGCUGAGGGACAUGGAGGUGACGUCCACGCUGCUCAGUGCCAGCAAGGGGGCAGGCGAGGGCGAGGCGGGGGAGAAGGAGGACCCGGUGGACCGCCACUACCGGCAGCUGCAGUGCGGGCUGUCGCCGCUGGAGCACAGCGAUGCUGAUUACUCGCUCGUCAAGGACUACCUGCACAAGACGCAUGCUCCCACUCACAAGGAGUGGGAGUUGGAGCUGCUGGAUGUGUUCCGCGUGGAUCGCAGUGGGGAGAAGCAGGCCUUCCGUGCUGACAUCAAGAACCACAUGCUGCUGUGGCACGGCUCACGAGUGACCAACUAUGUGGGCAUCUUGAGACAGGGCCUGCGCAUUGCACCGCCAGAGGCGCCUGUUACCGGCUACAUGUUUGGCAAGGGGGUGUAUUUCGCGGACCUGGUGAGCAAGAGUGCGCAGUACUGCUUCACCAGCCGUGACAGCAACGUUGGCCUGCUGCUGCUCUCCCGUGUGGCGCUCGGUGCUCUCUAUGAACUCACUUCCGCCGAGUAUGUGGAGAAGCUGCCACGGGGCAAGCAUGCAACCAAGGGGCUGGGGACGAUGAAGCCCAAGGAGGCCGAGUUUGUCAAGUGGGCCUCCGAUGUCGUUGUGCCGUGCGGCAAGCCCGUGCCCUCAGGGGUCAAGAACAGCCACCUGCGCUACAACGAGUUUAUCGUCUACGAUACAUCGCAGCUAGCGGCGGUGCUGCAGCAGCUGCUGCUGCCGGACAACGACUCGCGCAAGGCGGCGGAGGCGGCGUUCAAGCAGCUCUCCAAGGACCCCGCCGUGCUGCUCGCGCUGCUGCACUUCCUCAAGGCGGGCCCCGCGCCCGACGUGCGCCAGCUCGCCGCCGUGCUCAUGCGCAAGAAGGUCGCGGGGCUGUGGGCGCAGCAGCCCGCGGAGGCCAAGGCCAGCAUCAAGUCCGCGCUCCUCGAGAGCAUCGCGCUCGAGCCCAGCCCUGUGGUGCGCCGCGCCAGUGCAGACGUGGCGAGCGUGAUCGCGAAGCACAGCGUGCCGAAUGGCGAGUGGCCGGAGCUGCUGCCGUUCCUGCUGCAGUGCUCGCAGGGGCAGCAGGAGGACCAUCGCGAGCUGGCGUUCAUUCUGUUCGCGGCGCUGGUGGAGACGAUCGGGGACGUGCUGCGCCCGCACUUUCCCGCGCUGCACGGCAUCUUCGUCGCGGGCCUGCGCGACCAGGCCAGCGCGCGAGUGCGCGUCGCCGCGCUCAAGGCCGUGGCGGCGCUGGUGGAGUAUCUGGACAGCGAGCAAGACGUGGCGCUGAUGCGCGACCUGGUGGCGCCGAUGCUGGACGUGGGGCGGUUCUCAGCGGGCAGCGGAGACGAGGCGGCGGUGGUGCGCGUGUGCGAGGUGGUGACGGAGCUGGCGGAGCACCCCGCGCCCGUCAUCGCGCCCUCGCUGCCCGCCGUCAUCCAGUUCGCGCUCGAGCUCGCCAGCAACACGCACCUCGAACCCGCCACCAGGUUCCAGGCAGCGCAGGUGGUGGCGUGGUGUGCGGCAUGGAAGGCCAAGUGGCUGGCGAAGCAGAAGCUGGUGCCCGUCAUCCUCGCCGCCAUGGCGCGGCUGCUCGCCGAGCCCUGUGGCCAGACGGACUCGGAGCAGGACGAGGAGUACGACCUCUCGCCCAUGCGCUUUGCCGCCCAGGCCAUAGACGCGGUGGCAAUGGAGGCGCCGCGCAAGCACGUGUUCCCGCCCGUGCUGGCGUUCGCCCGCGCGCACAUCACGGACACCAACCCCCACAUGCGCUACGCCGCUGUCAUGGCCCUGGCUGUUAUUACCGAGGGGUGCUGUGAGGCAGUGCGGGGGCGCCUGGAGUCAGACAUGCUGCCGCUCAUAGUGGCGGGGCUGGGCGACGCGCACCCCAAGGUGCGGGGAGCGGCGUGCUUCGCGGUGGGGCAGCUGUCGGAGUUUGUGCAGCCCGAGGCGUCGGAGCACUACAAGAUCAUCCUGCCAGCUGUCUUCGCCGCCCUUAACGACGCCUCGCCCGUCGUCAGGGAGAAGGCGUACUACGCGCUGGCGGCGUUCUGCGAGCACAUGGGGGACGAGAUCCUGGACUUCCUGGACCCGCUCAUGCGCCAACUCAUGGACGCCCUGCGCUCGCCCGAUAGGAACCUGCAGGAGAUGUGCAUCUCCGCCAUAGGCUCAGCGGCAGCAGCAGCGGGCCCCAAGUUCGCGCCCUACAGCGACGCGGUGCUGGCGGCGCUCAUCCCGCUCGUGUCCCUCACAGCAGAGGCUGACGUGGACGUGCGGUCGCGUGCGUACGAGCUGGUGGGCAUCAUUGGGAUUGCCGUGGGGCGCCAGGCUGUGGAGCCUGUGCUGCCCGGCUUCAUGGAUGCUGCUCUCAAGGGCUUCGCCCUGGAUCAGAGUGCACUGAGGGAGUACGCGCACUCCUUCUUCAGUGACGUGGCCAAGUUCCUCGAAGCUGACUUCGCCCCUUACCUCCAGCACGUGGUGCCGCUCGCCUUCUCCUCCUGCCGCCUUGACGAUGGCAUCGUGGUCGGCCCGGCCGCCACCGACGACGAUGCCGCCGACGCGGAGGGCGGCGGGCGGCGGCAGCUAGCGGCAGCACUGGCGGCAGGGGAGAUCUCGUCGGAUUCAGAGGACGAGGACGAGGAGGGGGCGCUGAGGGGGCUGAGGGGCAUCAGUGUGCGCACGGCAGUGCUGGAUGAGAAGGCGGCUGCCGCUCAGGCCAUUGGGGCGUAUGCUCAGUACACCAAGGCUGCUUUCGGCCCGUACGUGCAGGAGGCGGUGGCAGUGCUCAAGGACGGGGCGGACUAUGCGCAUGAGGACGUGCGCCUGCAGGCCACGCUCUCCCUGCAACACCUGGUGACAGCAGCACUGCAUGCCUUCCCAUCCGCCCCGGGCCAGCCCAUGAGCGCGGAGACAAAGCAUGUCUCUGACGUGGCGAUGGAGGUGUGGAUGGGGGCGAUGAAGGAUGACGAGGAGCGCGCAGUGGUGGGGCAGGCGUUCAGCUGCGCCACCGAGACCAUCAAGGCGCUACUUGCUGCUGAUGCCGCCAACCAGCCUGCCCUGUUGCCCUACGCGGAGCCUCUAGUGGCGGCGGUGCGGGCAGCGCUGAGGGACGAGCUGCCGUGCCAGCGAGCAGCCAGCGACGCCGAGACGGGCGGCGAGGGGGCAGCGGGGCCAACGGAGGCAGCGGAGGAGGAGGAAGAGGAGGAGGAGCAUGAUGAGGAGCUCAUGGACGCCGCUGUUGACCUGCUGCCCGCUGUGGCUCGUGCUGUCGGCGCGGCUGCCUUCGCUCCUGUCUUCCACACACUGCUGCCCGACAUCCUUGCAUUCACGAAAGCCUCACGCCCGCCCAACGAUCGCAGCAUGGCGGUGGGGUGCAUUGCUGACGUGGCAGGGGAGCUGGGAGAAGCCAUGGCGCCAUACGUGGAUACGCUGCUGCCCGUGCUGGCAUCGGAGCUGAAGGGCGGAGACCCCCCCAACCGCCGCAACGCUGCCUUUGCUGUCGGCAAGCUGGCUGAAGUGUCCGGUGCUGCCAUGCACAGGCACUACCCCGACAUCCUGUUGGGAUUGCACCCGCUUUUCUCAGCGGACGAGGAUGAUGAUGUGAGGGACAACGCCACUGGCGCUGUUGCACGAAUGAUCGCUUCUGGUGGUGCUGCCAUGCCUCUUGAACAGGUGCUGCCAGUGCUGGUGGCAGCGCUGCCACUCAAGUCAGACCUGGAGGAGGCCAAGCCAGUGUACGGCUGCCUCGUGGCACUUGUUGCUGCCUCGCACCCCCAGAUUUUGGCAGUGGUGCCGCAGCUGGUGCCUGUGUUCGCAGAGGUGGCGGUUAACGGUAAGAUUGCACCGGAAGCCUCAUUCCUCGGCCAAACUCUCGGCUUGAACGCGCACACGGCGAUCGGCAGCCAGAAGGUGGACUCCACGGGAGUUCAGCUCGUAGCGGCAGCGGCGGUGAGGGCUGUCAGGUGCAGCGCAGCGGCAGCAGCGGAAGCUGUUUCCGCCCCUCCCGCGGUGCGCCCGUCCGCGGCGGAGUUGGCGCAGACGGUGGUGGAGCUGUCGGCGGAGGGCACGCUCGUCACGCUCGCGCACGGCGGCGCGGGCAACACGCUCGCGCACGGCGGCGCGGGCAACACGCUCGCGGGCGACGAUCAACCGCUGCCUGCCACGUGGCCACUGACCUGCCACGCGUUCUUCGCGCCCGACCCCGAGGGUCGCCCCAUCGUGCUGCUCGCCGACUCGAGCCGCGCCGCCGCCAAUCUCGCUGACGACGCGCAGGCGUGCCUACACGUGCAGAUCGAGCUGCCAGGUCAGCAGAAGCCGCAGGUGUCGCUGCACGGACGGCUGACCAAGGCACACGACGGCAAUACGCUCGUGAAGCUGGAGGCGGCGUGGAGGCGGCGCUUCCCCGACAGUGAGGACGACGCGGGCAGCAGCGGCGGCUCGGCGUCCUCCGCUCUCUUUCUUCUGGACGUGGACCGCGUGCUCGUGGCACCCGAUGCCGACCAGGAGGGCGAGUGGAUCUCCCUAGAGGCCUACCUCAAUGCCGAUGCAGACCCCCUGCGCGAGGUGGCAGCGGGCAUAGUGGCGGACUUCAACCGCGAGCACUGGCAGGACCUGCGCCGCUUCCCCGCCGCCUUCGCCGCACUCCCAGACCUGCAGGUGGACGACGCCUCCCUCAUCUGGGUGGACCGCCUCGGGUUUGACCUCCGCGUGCUCGCUCGCCCCGCCAUGCCCGGGGCUGCUGCAGCGGCAGAUUUCCCGGCGAGGGUGAUGGACGUGCGCGUGUCGUUUGCACGGGAGGUGGGGGAGGAGCGGGAGGCGCGGUCUGCGCUGACCAUGAUGGCGCAGGUGGCGUGGGAGCGGGAGAGGAGCUUUGGCAGCCCGGCAGUUCCCACUGCUGCUGCUGCUGAGGCCUCGUCGUAA